AUGACGAAUACAACGAAUUCCUCCAACACAACUUCUACCACCUCUUCUUCUUCCUUCAACUUUGUUGCUCGCCCAACUUCAUCCUCUAACUCAUAUCCUGUUUCUCACUUUCGCAAGCUCCACACCGAGUUCACUCACCAAGUACAUAAACUUACAUAUGACAUCGACUCUUGGAGUUCACAUUCGGCCCAAUAUCAUCCACGACAUAUUAUGGUUAAUAAACCACUUGAACAAGACAACAUUACCUUCGGAAAAUACCACAAAGUCCACGUGUGUAAUCUGAAAGAAUUUAAAGUAUUUGGAGGAAUAACGCCUAAUAAUAUGAUCGAAUUGCUUCAUUCCGGCCUCCGCAAUGAUCACGAGCCGGAAACGUUUCCUUUGAAACAUCGAGCUAAUUAUGUGUAUCUCCCAUUCCAAUACAUUAAAAUAGUGCCCAUGGCAGCAUGGGGGGCUAAUUUUAAUUUUAGUAUAUGGUACAUUGAAAUACGAGGCGUCGAUGAUCAAGAUUUUGUGCAGGAUGCAUAUGAUGACUAUAUCACAUAUCGAGAAAAGGAAACAAUCAGACUAUGUCUCAAACACCUGAGACAACGCAACUACAUUGACACCUUCAACUCGUUACAAGCCCGGACGAAUAUACUCUUGGAAGACCCUCUGUUGACCGAUCUCCAUUCGCAUAUUGUGAUAGAAGCUAAUUUUGAUAAAGCGGAAGAAAUUAUGGAAAUGGCAGCUGGAAAGGAUUUUUUUAAUGAAUAUAUACGCAGAUGCUCAUAUAAGCCAGCUUGGAGAAAGAUAGAAGCCAGUAACGCUGAUGGUGAUUCGCCAUGCAUGAGAGGUGGUCAUCAGAUGUGUAUCGACGUUGAGGCUGGUCAUGUCUAUCUUCUUGCUGGAUGGGAUGGUACCAAAGAUCUGGCUGAUUUCUGGGUCUAUGACAUCAAUGCAAACAGCUGGAUUUUAAUAUCCGAAGAUACACAGAAGCAAGGAGGGCCAGGCCCUCGUUCUUGUCAUAAGAUAUGUUUUGACCCUGUCAUGAAACAGAUAUACGUGUUUGGGAGAUACAUUGAACCAGAGGCAAGGUCGGAAGCAAAUCUUGAUUCUGACUUUUAUCGAUAUGAUGUAUUGAAUGAUCAAUGGACAGCUAUCUCGUUAAAUACAGAGUUACAAGGUGGACCCGAAUUAAUAUACGAUCAUCAAAUGUGUAUAGAUCCUGAGACACAGAUAUUGUACGUAUUUGGUGGUCGUACCAUGCGCGUAGAUCCCAAGGAUUUCAGUCAUAGUGGCUUGUACUCGUACGAAAUUGCGACAAAUACAUGGACACUACUCAGACCUGAUAUUAGAUCUGAUCUCACUAAAUCGCAGCAAGGAGGACAAUUGAAAUCUCGCAUUGGCCACUCGAUGCUAUUUGAUCCAAAAGAGAAGUUGCUAUACAUCUUUGCUGGCCAACGCGAAAAAGAAUACCUGAGCGAUUUCUACGUAUACGACAUAAAAAAUAAUACCGUUCAUGAGAUAUCUAGGGACUACUCAAAACAAGGAGGCCCUGAAGCAGGUUUCACUCAGCGCUCCACGUUCGAUACCGAGCAACAAGAAUUCUACGUUUUAUCCGGUCUCAUGCGAGAUAAUAAGAGAAAUUCAACGUCGAAAAGCUCCUUUUGGGUAUACUCUCUUGAAACUGGCCAGUGGGUGAAAAUAUAUCAGAAUGAACAGACAGAAAAUAAGCACUGGAUACAACAGACGCCAUCUGAACCUUGCCCGAGGUUCGCUCACCAGCUAGUAUACGACCACAUUAACAAAGUACAAUAUUUAUUUGGAGGGAAUCCCGGAGAACAAGGGAAUUCCAAACAAAGACUUGACGAUUUUUGGGAUUUGAGGUUAAUAAGACCGACGACUGAAGAGAUUUUGAGGAAGAUUAGGUUUCAUAUAAGGAAACAGAAGUUUCGUGAGAUGUGUUUGGAUCCGUCAUACUCGGUUGAUGCACUUAAGUUUCUCCAAACACAGUUAGCCGAAGUAGUUGACCAUUCAAAUGAAACCGAGAGUGCAGAGUUUCGUAGUUUAACAACUGAUCUUGUAUACCGAAAUCGAGGCAAGCGACCUGAUACUUUUCAAUCGCGUACUGAAUUGUACGAGACGCUUUUAGAAUAUUUUCCAGAGAUAAUGAAGCAACCGAAAGGAAACUUGAUUGAUUUAGUCAAGAUCCAAUGA